AGAGAAACAAUGAAGUAUCUUUUGUGUACUUAUCUCGCUUUGCUAAGACAACAAAUUUUUGCAUUUGGGUUACCCACAGUAUAAGACGCUAUAAGAAGAAGUUAGUGAGGCCACAGAGUCUAUUGAAACUCGAACCAAGCGCAGGUAUCUUAAGUAUGACUGUAACGGAAUUCCACUUGGUAUAGCAAAGGAACAAAACUGGUCUAUGCGUGGCUCUUUAGACUAACCUAACCACGCCAGAAAUAAUUGCAUUUGGGUUCACCAAGGUAUGAGACAAUAAACGGAGAUGCGUUAGCGAAGUCCAGAGUCUGUUGAAAUUUAAGCCAAGCGCAGACAUCCUAAAGAUGAUUUUUUCUCAUGGACUUCGUAACGGAACGGUACAGCAAAUUGGUCAAAAAGUGGCUCAUUAACCUGUCAAUUGGAGGGAUAGGAAAUUGUAUACCCCCAAAAUCAGCACCCUUUAUAAAUGCACGUGCAUUAAAGUUUGGUGAAAGGAAACUGGAAGUGUGGGGCGCAAAUGUAACGGUAUAUAUAAGUGUGAGUGUCGUUUGUACGACAGCAGGAGUUCUUGGGGAAAUUAUUGUAUUUUAAUAUAAAUAACAAGCAAACAAAAGGCGAGGACAAUAUGAACAUACAAGUCCAUGACAGUUGUUGGAAAAGAGUUUCGCGCGGCGACACGGCACACAAUUGCAUAUAAAUUCGUAACAAAUAAUCAUAAUCGGAACAAACGAAAAACAUCAGUCACUCCAUUUUUAUAGGCACUCACAACAAUUCGUUUGCGCAUUUAAUUCACUCGGUUACCACACGUCAGGCAGGCGACUUACAAAUCCUUUCGGUUCCGAGCUGCACGCACUUCUGUUGCAAAAUUUUGUACAAAUAUAAUUAGUUGUUGCACACUGUUAUAUAAAGUUGUGUAUUUUUAGUAAAAGUGUGUCUAAAAAUAAAUGAAAACCGAAGUUACGAAAAUUCCAACGCAUAAAAUUUAAAUAAAUUUAUUGUCAACCGAAACAAGUGACAGUUGCCAGUUAACGAGUUGCAUGUCGUCGUUAGACGAUUGGAAUCAUUCACUUUGUGGCAGUCAAAGUGAAAUGAACACUUGGAAGGGCAAAUUGCUGACGGACGUGCCGUUCGGGCAUGUGCUCAUAGUGAGCGGGAAAGUGAAACCGAAUCCAAAUAAAAUUUGCUUGGACCUAACCGAUAAUAUAAAGGGUCAAAAUGAGAGUGAAACGGUUUAUCUGAAGAUUGAAGCGAAUUUCCGAGAGAAUCAAAUAAUACGGAGCAUGUUUAUGCCGGGAGAGGGUUGGCAGCAGGAGGAGAUAUCGAAGAACUGGAAAGCUGAUGGACCAAAAAAUCCGCUGGUGCCUGGUCAAACUUUCACCUUCCGCAUAGCUGUGCUACAAAAAUGUUUCGAAAUCUACAUAAACGACAAUCUCUACGGCGCAUUUGAAUUUGUCAAAUUUCCCAAACCAAUAAAUUUCCUAAUGGUUUAUGGUGAUUUUGAGAAAAUCACACAAUUCCACCAGCGUAUGCUGUUUCCACUUGUGUUUCCUAGAAGUUUGAUUUGUGCGGAAAAAAUUGCUUUCCAGAGUGAUGUGCCGAAGAAAUACGAAGUUGGUACCGUUGUUGCAAUGGAGUGCAUUGCUAAAGGCCCAUCGAACACAGCGUUCUCCAUAUGUUUCCAAUGUAACGACACUGGACGCGUGGUGCUGAAGUUUCAUGUCAACUUUGAGACCACUACAGUGUCGCGCACUUAUGAACGUUCCGAUAAUAGCUUUUCUUCCGAUGAUGAGGAAACCGACGGCGAAUUUCCCUUUCAGCGCGGCAAACUCUUCAAGAUCGCCUUCGGUAUCGGCGACAAGGCUUUUAUCAUAGCUGUCAAUGGCCAAUAUUUUACCUACUACAAUUAUCCGGUGCGCACAUUUGCCAUCUCCACCUUAAAGUGUUUCACCAAUAAAGUUGGUGAUUUUGCGGUGAAAAAUCUGGAAUAUCAUUGCGAUUCACCGUUAUUGGCGCGUGUCGAGAAAUUGUCGUUGAUUUAAUGGAAAUAUUUGCUCAUAAAAGCAACAGUGUUGCAAUGAAGGAUCAAACGGCACAAGAAGUAUUACUGGAAUGUAGACACUAGAUUAUUUGACUCACCAAAAAGUUGUAGAAGCUAUGCCAUUAUCUUAGUGGAUUUGAAAUAAAGACACUAUUAAUUAUGUGUUUCAUUUUGUGUGUGUUUUCUAGCAA